UAUUUCCAAAUACCACUAUUAGCACUACCAAAGCUGGGCGUAGCGAGCCCCUGCAGCAGCAUAAUCACCAGCAAAGUCACGCUGCAUCCUGCCUGCGCCUGCCUCUGCCUCCUCCACAGCAACACUCGCCGCUUUCGCCCUCGUCCUCCUGCCGCUCGCCUCUUGCGGUCUCGCACAAGCUCUCAUGUGCUUACCUCCGCCGUGCUCCUCCCACUUGCGCCUCUCAUACUCGCAUAAUGUCUCCUAUCAGCUCUCGUCGCGCCGUCGCCGUCGUGCCACCCGCAAAACAAAAGACCCUGCCGCUUUCGAGGAUUGGAUCGGCUGAACAUUUUUGGGGCGGGAAGAGCGAAAUCUUGGAAGUGGAAAAUGCUUGGCCCACAAGCACCUACAGCGCUGGGUACAUGACAUCAUGCGAGUCUGGAAAUGGCCGUCGCAUGGGCGAAUUAAUAGACGAUUUGGAGUUUGCACUCGAUAGACGGCACACUCGCGACUCUGGCGAUAGAAAAUCAAGACGCAGCGAUCUCUCGUGGUCCGACCUCGCGACCCUACUCUCUGACCUUCUAUCCUCCGCUCCUGUGUCCGCGCCAGAACCAUGGAACCAACUACCGCCGAUCUCUCAACCCCCACCACCUUCGUACAACGAAUCUGUUGCAGACCUACCUCCAGACUACACCUCCACCGAUGCGCUGGCCAUUGCGCAAAUACCUGAAUACUCUCCCUUCUCUUCCCUCGACGCUUUACUAUGCCUCACCGCUUCCACACGUCCGCGCACAAGCAAGAAGCGCCUACCUGGCUCUUCCGCCUUCCGCCUAGAUGUGAAAUCACCGUACAUAGACAUUGAUUUUGGGCACUGCGAUACUGGCAUCAAGUCACACGCAAAGAAGAAAAACGGCAAGACUACAGCGAAGAAACCCGCGGCCGCUCCCGUUGACGACAAGAAAAAGGACGAGGAACCUGCCGGUGGCGACAACGGCGAUGAUCCACCCGCGGAUGGUGGGUCUGCUGGUGGAGACGGUGGAGAUGGAGGCGAUGGAGACAAGGGCAAGAAGAAAACGAAGAAGCAGAGAGAGGAAGAGGAGAGAUUGAAGAAGGAAGAGGAGGAGCGCCUCAAGAAAGAGGAGGAGGAACGUCUACAGAAGGAGGAAGAGGAACGCUUGCAGAAAGAGGAAGAGGAGCGUCUGGCAAGGGAGGCCGAAGAGGAGGCCGAGCGCAAGAAGGAGGAGGAGGAUGCAGCCGCAGCUGCAGCUGCAGCUGCUGCCACCGCAACGACCAUUUCGGUGACAAAGGCGGCAGCUGACCUAAGCUGGGCGAAUCCGAGCCAGAACACGGAUGACUGGGCCUCGUUCGGUGCUGCCGCCGGCAAGAAGAAGAAGAGCAAAAAGGGGAAGACUGCCGAGGCCGCACCCCCGCCUCCUCCUGAACCACCAGCAGGGCCACCGACAACAUUCGACGACAUCAACCUUGACGAAGGAAGCGCACCGAAAAUUGACAUGAAUAAUAGUGAUACUAGCGCAACAAAAUCUGGAUUCGGACUUCCUGGACUAAGCAGUUGGGCUUCUGGUUGGGGCUCAUCAAACAAAUCAUCUGGCUGGGGCGGACUAAUUGACAGUGGAAAGAACUCUACCGCAGAAUCUGACAGCCCUUGGGGAUCCUUGGACAAGAAGAAGAAAAAGGACUCAAACGGAUUCGACUUCGACUUUGGUGGUCUCAAAGCUUCCGCUCCCGCCGAAGAGAAACCCACCGAGGACGAUGGCUGGGGCAUUGACUCAGGCGCGAAGUCUAAGAAAAAGACCAAGAAAGGAAUCUUGAUCGACGAGACUGUGCCUGAGGAGCCAGCCCCAGAACCUGCCAAGGAGGAUGAUCCAUGGGGUGGUGGGUGGGAUGGAGCUGCUGCCGGAGUGAAGAAGAAGAAAGGUAAGAAAGGAGCAAAGGAUGAGCUGCCACCGCCCCCUCCUCCAGAGCCUGAACCAGAACCAGAGCCUGCUCCAGCUGAACCUGAGCCGGAGCCUCCGAAGCCAGAAGUGCCUGCUGUUGAUCCAUAUGCCGGCCUCAGCAAGGCUCAAGCGAAAAAGCUCAAGAUCAAGCUCGACAAAGAAGCUAAAGAGGCCAAACUGAAGGAGGAGGAGGAAGCAGCUCAGCGGCUCAAGGAAGAGGAAGAGGCCGCUGAGCUCCAGCGCCAAGAAGAAGAGGAAGCAGAGCAGAGACGGAUAGAAGAGGAAGAGGCCGAGUUGAAGAGGAUGGAAGAAGAAGAAGAAGCCGCAGCCGCAGCCGCAGCCGAGGCCGAGAAGAAGAAGAAGGAUGAACAGUCCUGGGGUGAUUGGGGUGCUGCAGCACCGACCACAAAGAAGAAGAAGAAGGGCAAGAAAGGAGCAGAGGAGGAGCUCCCGCCGCCUCCACCUCCGCCUCCACCUCCGCCUCCUGAGCCCGAAUUCUUGGAACCUCCACCUGCAGAUGCGAAGCCUGCCGAUGCUUGGGAUGAUUGGGGUUCAGCAGCGCCUGUAGUCAAAAAGACCAAGAAAAGUAAGAAGGGUGCUGCUGUCAUCAUCGAAGAGCCUCCUCCAGCCGAACCUGAGCCUAUCCCAGAACCCGAGCCAGCUCCGCCACUAGAAGAAGAGAAAAGUUCUGAUUGGGGUCUGAGCUCGAUAUGGGGUGGAACAAAGAAAAAGAAGAAGAGCAGCAAAUCAGUCGAACUAGAACCACUUCCAGAACGUGAGCCAGUUGAAGAAGCACCGCCCAUCCAGGAGCCCGAAGACGUCGAGGAACCCGAGGACAAUGAGGAUGACUGGGGCGCGCCAUCUUGGAGCAAGAGAAAGAAGAAAGAUCCCAAGAAGGAUGUCCCGGUCGAAGUACUUGAGGACACUACGACACCUGUUCAAAAACCCGACGAAGAGGAUCCCUGGGGAAGCGCUGCAUUCAACAUUGGCAAGAAGACCAAGAAGAGCAAAAAGGGUCUUAUACCGCCAAAUGUGCCAACACCCCCAGGAGAGUUCGAGCCCGAGCUUCCGCCGCUUAAAGCGAUUGAAGCGCCUCCACCCGCGGAAGAAGAAGAUAUCUGGGGGGGUCUUACCACUACUAGCUCCAAGAAGAAGAAGAAAAAGGGCGAGGUUGUGGAGGUUGCCCCGACUGAUACCUUUGAGGAUCUCAUCUCGCUCGACGAUCCACCGCCUGCCGAGAAACCUGUAGUGGAAGAAGCACCGGUGGAAGAGAAGAAGAAGAGCAAGAAGGACAAGGAAAGCAAGUCUAGCAGCAUGUGGGGCUCUCUGGGUGCUUCAACUAAGCCGCCUAAGAAGGAAACUACUCUCGAAAGACGAACUCGCGAAAAACGUGAAAAGAAAGAACGCGAGGAGCAGGAACGAUUAGAGAGGGAGGCGGCUGAGAAAGAGGAGGAAGAGCGUCUUGCACGAGAAGCCGAAGAAGCGGACGAAGAAGCAGCUCGAAUCGCGGCAGAAGAGGACGAAGAAGAGGCUGCACGUAUCGCGGCAGAAGAGGACGAAGAAGAGGCUGCACGUAUCGCGGCAGAAGAGGCUGAGGCAGAAGCUGCACGCAUUGCAGCCGAAGAAGCCGAGGCAGAGGCGGCUAGAAUUGCGGCAGAGGAGGCUGAGGCUGAGGCAGCUCGAAUCGCAGCAGAGGUCGAAGCAGCACGUAUAGCGGCAGAAGAAGAGGAGAGAAGGAGAAGGAAGAAGCAAGAGGAGGAAUCUGCAGGAUCGAAGCUUGCUGGGUGGGGCGCUAGUAUCUGGGGAUCCUCGAAGAAGAAGGAGAGCACAAAAGAGCGAAGGGCUCGGGAAAAGAAAGAGGAGCAAGAGCGUCUAGAGAAAGAGGCUGCCGAGCAAGCAGAGAGGGAACGCCUUGAACGCGAGGAACAAGAACGUCUCGAGGCUGAAGAGGCCGCGCGUGUUGCUGCUGCCGAGGAGGAGGCGCGAUUGGAACGCGAGGCUGCUGAGGCGGCUGAGAAGGCCCAAAGGGAAGCUGAGGAAGCUGCAGCCAGGGCCAGGGAGGAAGCAGAGCAAAAUUCUGGUUGGGGUCUAUUCGGACUAUCCAAGAAGAAGGAGACUACCAAACAGAGGCGCGAGCGCGAGGCUAAAGAAAAAGCAGCACUUGAAGAACAAGAAAGACUGGAGAACGAGGCGAGAGAAGCCGCUGAAGCUGCCGAAGCUGCCGAGAAAGCCCGACUGGAGGCAGAGGAAGCUGAAGCUGAAGCUGCUCGUCUUGCUGCUGAGCAAGAAGUUGUUCCUGAACCCGAGCUCGUGGUUAUUUCUUCCAAGGAAAAGAAGAAGAAAAAGAAGAGAGGUGUUGUCGAGGAAGCUCCUCCACCACCACCUCCACCACCACCUCCGCCGCCCCCUGAAGAACCCGCAGAACCUGCAAACGACGAUGAGCUAUUUGACCUCGUUAAAGAUGCUGACCCGAACGAACUUUUGGCUGAGCUUGAGAAGCCUACCAGAAGGGAACAAAAGGCAGCAGCAGGUGGCUGGGGCAGCGCUUGGGGUAUCUCACUUCGCAGAAGCGUGAUCGAUCCUAUCACGGAUAUGCCUGUGAAACCUGUGCCGGAACCUGAACCAGAGCAAGAGCCUGAGCCUGAGCCUGAGCCUGAGCUGAUUGUGGAAGAACCGGAACCUGAGCCGGAACCUGAGCCGGAACCUGAGCCUCUGAUCGUUGAAGAGGCACCUCAAAAGAAGCUGUCCAAGGAAGAACGAAGACUGCUGAAAAAGUCCAAAAAAAGUCGACAUGCUGUGCCAGAGCCAGAACCGGUGCCAGAGCCUAUACCUGAAGAACCAGAGCCGGAGCCGGAGCCGGAGCCGGAGCCAGAGCCUGAACCUCCAGCGGUCGAGGUUAUUGAGGUGCCCCCAAAGAAACUAUCCAAAGAGGAGAGAAAACUUCUUAAGAAGUCCAAACGGUCAAAGAUGGAGGAAGCACCUCUGGUCAUUCCUGAACCCGAACCCGAGCCUAUCGAAGCACCUGAGGAAUGGUCGCCUGCACCAGGCGCAUUCCCUGACGAUGAAGAGGACUUCAUAGAAUUUGUUGAUGCGCCGCCACCUCCAGAGCCUGAGGAACCUGAGCCCGAGCCUGAACCUGUGCAUGUACCUCUUGUCCUACAGGAGCUUAAGAAGCUUAAGAAGUCCAAAAAGGGUAGUAAAUCGAGAGGGUGGUCCAUAGACGAAACUCCUCCACCUCCUCCACCGCCACCAGUUCUAGAGGAGCCCGAGCCUGAGCCUGAGCCAGAACCAGAACCGGAGCCGAUUGUUGAAGAAGAACCGGAACCUGAACCUGAGCCUGAACCUGAACCUGAGCCUGAACCUGAACCUGAACCUGAACCUGAACCUGUUGUUAUGGUCUCUGAAAGAAAACACAAAAAAUCCAAGAAGAGCAGCAGGACUAAGGCACCGCCACCUCCGCCAGACCCAGAACCAGAACCUGAGCCCGAACUGGAACCUGAACCGGAGCCAGAGCCAGAGCUAGAACCUGAAAUUGAAGAGGUGCCCGAGGACCCAGAGAUAAUCGACCAUGAAGAUGCCGCUUCAGCAGAUGAAGAUGAUGCGCCUGCCAAACUCCCCACUCCUCCUCCCGAGCCAUUACCUGAACCCAAGGCAAAUUCUCCGAAGAAGGAGCGCAACAGAGUUCGUAGUGGAACUACCUCUGGCGGUUGGGGUGGUAUGUUCGGAGCUUCCAAGUCAAAGAACAAGACAAGAUCUGGUGGUGAGGAUGGUGCCACCAGGCCUGAAGCGGCACGCACAAAAUCACACCGGCGAACAUCAGAAUCCAGAGAUAACGAUAUCAAAUCACGGUCUUCAGGGUCUGACAAGGCGCAUGCAGCCAGGCCAACAGUGUCACGUUCCAAGACGACCCGGGUUUCUACAGGCCUCGGUGGCAUGUUUGGGGUUGCGCCGCCCCCACCAUCACGCUCCAAGUCACAUCGCACCUCAGGCAUGAAAACAUCAUCGCGCCGACCUUCUAUCGACCAGGACGCCGCCAUGAUGUCGCCACCACAGACCGAUACCGAUGCGAAGAUGUCUUCCAAGGCAGCUCGGCUUAUGGGCGAGCAGGGUUCGUCCCGCAGAGCCAGUAAUAGGGAUUCCAGAGACAAGGGCAGAAGUCGAGACCCAUAUCCUUUGGACGAUGAGAACGAAGUUGAUGAUGAAUCACCUCCCCCAGCUUCCCGACCAGAAUAUCCACGUCGCAAAUCUAAACGCGAUUCGGCACAACCACUCGAGCCCAUGAGUGCAUCGCCUAGCGCAGAUGACCCUAUCAUUGCUGACCCAAUGGAGGCGGACCCUGUACCAGUCGAGGCUGAGCGGCCCCGUCGUGAACGGGACCGUGAGCGGGACCGUGAGCGACCUCGUCGCGCGCGAGGCAACUCGGAUGCUAUCAACACACUUGCUGGUGUCGCGGGCACUGCUGCUGCUGUGAAAGGCUUCAAGGGUAUGUUUGGACUUGGGCGCAAGAAGGCAGCGGCGCCAGAAGAGGCACCUCGCGAACGCCGCCGCACUGCCUACGAGACCGAGGACGAGCGCAGGCAUCGCAAGCGAUCCACAACACGCGGCGCAGUUACUGAUGAUGAAGCCAAACGACUGCGACACGAGCGCCGCAGUUUGCGCAAUCCGCGCGCCCAGGAUCCUGAAGAAGUUAUGAUGUCUGGUGCUAAUGGCGGCGGCAACGGCAGCGCCGAUCACGAUGCUGAACGAGAGGCAAGACGAGCUGAACGUAGGGCGAAACGCGAUGCAGAGAAAGAAUCUCGUCGUGCCGAACUCGAAGAAGCAGAGGCUAAGGCUGAGCGGCGCCGUGAGCGCGAGCGUGAAAACGAGCGUGCGACGCUUGCAGAGAAGAAGGCUCGGCAAAUGGCCGAGUUGGAACGUCGCAACAAGGAAGCAGAGGAACAACUGCGUCGCAUAGCGGAGAAGGAAGAACGGCGAAAGACACGAGGCGAUCGCAAGCCGACUGAUGAGCGGGAUCGUGAGAAGCGUUCAUCGCGUCGCAAAGACAAGGCCCGCGAAGAAGAGCGUCCAAAGGCCGAACGCCGGCGGACAUACAUUGACGAGGACGAAGAACGUCGCCGUCGUCACGAAGAACGCCGUGCUGCCAGGCGUCACUCCGAAUACCCAGUACAAGCUAGUGGAGAGCCCAUCACCGACUACUUUGACGAGCGCAACGGCGUCGCCAACCGUUCCAAGCACCGCAGUUCUCGUCAAGCACGGGAAGAAGAAAAUAUGCCGUACAUGAACAACAAGAGCGGUGACAAAACAUCGUCAUGGGUCGAAUCUCUAUCCAACGAGCCACCAUUACCUCCCCCCAUCUCCGAGACCGUACUCGACCCUGCGCCCGGCGCCAACGACGAUGAUGACGACGAAGAAACCCAAUCCCAAGACGAAGACAUUCGCCUGCGAAUCGCAGGCCGCCGCGGACCCAAGCGCGACAAGGAGCGUGCCGAGCGCCGCAAAGCCGAAGAAAAGGAGCGCGACCGCGACCGCACAUACAAGCACAGCCGCCGCGCAAGCAACUACGAGACUAUGAAGCCCAUGGAUGACGAACGUGAUCGCAAGAGGAACGCUAGACGCACUAGCUAUGCACCUGCAUACGAAGAGCCGCCUGUUAGGACGUGGGAUGGUAGACCCGCGGUAGAAGGCGGGGCACCAGCGCCGGCUGUCAAGAGGGGAAGCUGGUUCAAGAAGAUUGCUGGUUUCUAAAGAAGCAAAACAUGUGGGAGUUGGAGUCAAGCAGAUUUUUUUUCUGCAUGCUUUUGUCCUUUCUUUUUUCUUCCAAAGGGAUUCGCUUACUUUUCUCCCUUCUUCUUCUUACUACUCUUUUUUUCGGCCUUUCCACGAACUUCUUUUUGAUUUCUGCCCAAGGAACGUGUACAUGCCAUGAAAUGUCGACUACGUUUUUGUUGUUGUUUUUGUUUUGUUUUUCAUUUGGAUUACGAGAUGGAGGAUUUCGGAAGUGUA